CGGGUGGAUGAGGGCGGACGGGCCAAGCCGGCCGCGGCCGGGCUGGUGGGGCAGGAGAACGCGCGGGAGGCUUGUGGGAUUAUAGUGGAACUAAUCAAAAGCAAGAAAAUGGCUGGCAGAGCUGUGCUGUUGGCAGGACCUCCUGGAACUGGCAAGACUGCUUUGGCUUUAGCUAUUGCUCAGGAACUGGGAAGUAAGGUUCCUUUUUGUCCUAUGGUUGGGAGUGAGGUCUAUUCCACUGAGAUCAAGAAAACAGAAGUUCUAAUGGAAAACUUCAGACGUGCAAUUGGGUUGAGGAUUAAAGAGACUAAGGAGGUUUAUGAAGGAGAAGUCACAGAACUAACUCCAUGUGAGACUGAAAAUCCUAUGGGAGGGUAUGGCAAAACCAUCAGCCAUGUAAUCAUAGGACUCAAAACUGCAAAGGGAACCAAACAGCUGAAGCUGGACCCAAGCAUAUUUGAAAGCCUGCAGAAGGAGCGAGUGGAAACUGGUGAUGUUAUUUAUAUCGAAGCAAACAGUGGAGCUGUCAAGAGGCAAGGCAGGUGUGAUAUCUAUGCUACAGAAUUUGACCUUGAAGCUGAAGAGUAUGUUCCCUUGCCAAAGGGUGAUGUGCAUAAGAAAAAGGAAAUUAUUCAGGAUGUCACCCUGCAUGACUUGGAUGUGGCCAAUGCUCGACCUCAGGGUGGGCAAGACAUCCUUUCUAUGAUGGGACAAUUGAUGAAGCCUAAGAAAACUGAGAUUACUGACAAACUUCGAGGAGAAAUAAACAAGGUGGUAAAUAAAUACAUUGAUCAAGGCAUUGCAGAGCUAGUCCCAGGUGUCCUCUUUGUUGAUGAGGUUCACAUGCUGGAUAUUGAAUGUUUCACAUACCUGCACCGGGCACUGGAAUCUUCUAUUUCUCCCAUUGUCAUCUUUGCUUCCAACCGAGGAAACUGUGUUAUCAGAGGCACAGAGGAUGUAGUGUCUCCUCAUGGAAUACCACGGGACCUGCUGGAUAGAGUAAUGAUUAUCCGAACUAUGCUGUACACACCCCAGGAGAUGAAGCAGAUCAUAAAAAUUCGUGCUCAGACAGAAGGAAUUAAUAUUAGUGAAGAAGCUCUAAACCAUUUAGGGGACAUUGGUACCAAGACAACUUUGCGGUAUGCUGUGCAGUUACUGACCCCAGCUAACCUGCUCGCCAAGGUUAAUGGGAAAGACAGCAUUGAGAAAGAGCAUAUUGAAGAGAUAAGUGAACUCUUCUAUGAUGCCAAAUCCUCAGCAAAAAUCCUGGCUGAUCAACAGGAGAAGUACAUGAAAUGAAGAGCUUGUCAUGUUAGCUGCUUUGAAGUGGCUUUAACCCUUACCAAGGACUGGCUUAGCUAUUGAAUGAGAAAUGUUAAUGGUUUUUCUUUUGGGGACUGAAACAUAUUCACUGUUGGACUGCUUUGCUAGGCCAGAAUUAACUAUCAAUUGUUCCUGUUUCAUUAUCAACAAUAAGAUGUUCCAUGGUGUCUGUGUAACAUCUUAGUCUCCCUUUUAUGAGUAUGUAUGAAAUGAAUAGUUCUUGACCCAGUUUUGUCUUUAGAUUUCAUUACAAAAGAGCUCUAACUGAAGUUGAUUCUAAAAACAGUCUAUUUUCUUUAUGAAUGUUGUUUUAAAAUAGGUUCCUUUUACAGAUGAGAAGUUUUGGGUUUUUUUGAAUCAAAGUUUGUCUGAAGUGCUUUAUAAUAAAAUAUUACAAGAAUGCUGGAA